UGGUAGGUUACUGAGCGGCAGCUGUUGUUAUGUGGCUUUGACCGGCGAUCGUCCGCGUGUGCUGAUUUUCCCGUUGACUUGCACCUUAAAACAUGAGCAGCGCGAAGGCCCCAACAUACGUCGGGUCUGUGAGGCUCAUAUUUGAAGCAGGGACCAAGCUGGAAGCAAAGCCCCAGACGGCGGCGACAGCUGCCACCUACUUCCACCGGUUCUUCCAAGAGUGCGAGCACGACGACUACGACUUCUAUCUGGUGGCAGCGACGGCCAUGUACCUCGCCGGGAAGGUUGAGGAAGACCACCUGAAGAUCCGGGAUGUAAUCAACGUUUUCCACAAGAGCGUCUACCCCAAGUCGGACCCCCUCCCGCUGGCCGAGGAGUACUGGUGCCUGCGAGAUGCCAUUGUGCACUGCGAGCUGCUCAUGCUCAGGGUGCUCCAGUUCAGGGUGUCCGUGGACCACCCCCACAGGUACCUGCUGCACUACCUGUGGUCCCUGCACGACUGGCUGGGGCCCCUGUCGGUGAACGGGGCCUCCGGAGGCUGCCGGGUGCCCCUGGCCCAGGUGGCCUGGAGCCUGCUGUGCGACGUGUACCUCCAGCCGGGCUGCCUGCGCCACCCGCCCCAGGAGAUGGCCGUGGCCGUGCUCCAGGUGGCCCUGCUGGCCUAUGACGUGCGCCUGCCCCAUGCCGAGGAGAGCGACCUCACCUGGUACGAGACUUUCUGCCAAAACCUGUCCAAGGAGAAGCUCUCGGACAUCAUGAUGGACAUCAUCCAGGUGUACGAGGCAGAGGCGGCCUGAGAUUUCCUGGGAACCAUGUCAGAUCACCAUUUUGCACCUCAUUUGCAACACCCUUUUAUCAUGGGACAUUUCAACCUUGUCGAAAUCACAAUAAACUUGCAUGAGCCAUCA